AUGCAGGUGGCAGCGCGGCUGACGCCAGCUGCCAUUGGCGCGAGGGACCAAGGCUGCGGCCUGGGCUGCGCGCGCCGGCCGCACGUCGCAUGCCGCACCGCCGGCGGCGGCAGCAACUCCCCGCCGACGUCACCUGUCAUGUCACCCCUGGGUUCCCUGGACGGUGCAGCCGUCGUGGCGCCCACGCCCGCACCCAGCGGCAGCGGCAGCGGCGCCGGCGGCGGCGCCGCGGCCGUGCCGGAGGUGGCGCUGCCGCGGCACUGGCAGGAACAGCUGGAGAAGGCGCCCCUGGGGAGGAGGCGCGCACGCCCAGCAGCCGCUCGCAUCGCCAACACCAGCCGCUCGGCGCUGGCCCCCCCGCGCUGCGCAGCCGCGUGCACCCUGUCACCUGGUGCCCCCGCCUCGCCGCCCGUGGCCUUUGUCCCCCUCAAUGCCUGCACCGUUGUUGUCACGUAUGUGCGCCAGGUGGCGCGCAUCAACGCGCUGGAGCCGGCCAUGAGGGCGCUGUCAGACGACGAGCUCGCCGCCACCACCGGGCGGCUGCGGGCGCGCCUGGCAGAUGGCGCAACCCUGGAUGAUCUCCUGCCAGAGGCGUUCGCGGCGGUGCGGGAGGCGUCGAGGCGCGUGCUCGGCAUGCGCCACUUCGACAGCCAGCUGGUGGGGGGCAUGGUGCUGCACGAGGGCCAGGUGGCGGAGAUGGGCACCGGCGAGGGCAAGACGCUGGUGGCGGUGCUGGCGGCUUACCUGAACGCACUGCCUGAGAGGGGCGACCCCACCCGCAGCGGCGGCGUGCACGUCGUGACCGUCAACGAUUACCUGGCCGCUCGUGACGCGGAGUGGAUGGGGCGCGCUUACAGGUUCCUGGGCCUGACUGUGGGGGCCGUGCAGAGCGAGAUGGGAGUGGCCGCCGCGCGCGCGGCCUACAGCUGUGACGUCACUUACGUCACCGGGCAGCAGCUGUGCUUCAACUAUUUGAACGACCACACAGCGAGGUCCACCGGCGAGCUGGACGGCUGA